AUUCCUUUUGUGUAACGGACCUUUAUUUUAUUUAGAAAGGUGGCGCUGAAGCAUGGAUGCGGGAAUCACAAAAGCCGGGAUGACAUACGGAGCCUCCCCGAUGCCCGCAGACCUGACGCCCGCAGACACGGUCCCCACGGUGAAGAUCUUCGUGGGGAACCUCUCUGCUGACACGUCCCAGGAAGAGCUGGCUGCUGUGUUCGAGCCCUAUGGCACGGUGAUGAGCUGCAGCGUCCUGCGGCAGUUUGCGUUCGUGCACCUGGCGGGACGGGAGGGGGCGGCGCGCGCCGUCCAGGAGCUGCACGGGCGCGAGUUCCGGGGACGCAGCCUGGUGGUGGAGGAGUCGCGAGGCCGGCCCCGCAACUCCACCAAGGUGUUCGUGGGGAACCUGGCGGCUCUCUGCAGCGCCCCCGACCUGCAGGAGCUCUUCCAGACCUUCGGAAAAGUGCUGGAGUGCGACAAGGUCAAAGGCUAUGCCUUUGUCCACAUGGAGAGCCAAGAGGCUGCCCUGCAAGCCAUCGAAGCCCUGCAUGGGACCCGCUACAAAGGAAGACCCCUGUCCGUCGAGCUCUCCAAGGUUCAGCCCAGCAAGCGCCCGUCCACGGGCAAAAUCCCCUGCGUCAGCUGCGGCAAGUCUGGGCACUACGCCGGCGACUGCCCCCUGCUCCUGCCCCAGCCCCAGCCCCAGACAGCGCUGGAGCAGUACCAGAACCAAGCCGUGGCUGUGGCAGCUGGCGUGCCCUUACCUCCCCAGUACCAGGCCCUGCCGAGCUCCUUCUAUACCGCCUACCCCCCUUCCAUGUACGGUCCAGCCUAUGGGGCUGAUGGCACUCUGCUGUACAGGACCGUGCCUGAGCACAUGUACGGCUCCGUGGCUAAUGCGGCCACCUUCAACGCCAUGGCCAACCAGCUCUACGCCACGGUAGAAAAUCAGGGGUACACCCCCACUGUCGGCAAUCCAGUCUACGCCACGGCUGGCACCCCAGUUUAUAGCGGCGCAGUGGGGGGAGCCAGCAGUCCUGUAUACAGUGCCUCGGUGACAAACCCUGCCUAUAGUUACGGGGCAGUUGGCAGUCCAGUCCCUGUGGCGGAUCCCUCCGCCCAGGCAGUGUUUGAGGCAACCCAAGCACAGUUUUACGCCCAGCAGCAGGAGAAGCCAGGCUCCCCAGCGGCUGCCAUUGCUGCUGCCGCUGCUGCUGCUGCAGCCGUCGCCUACUAUGGGACUCGGGAGAGGGGAGCAGAGAGGGGCUUCCAGUACCAGAGGAAACGAGCCCUCCUGCCCACGCCCGCCUCCACAGAGGAGGAGCUGAUCAGCUACCAGAAGAAACUCGCCAGGUUUUUUACUGAUUACCACGUUCCUCCUGCUGCUGUUCCUCAUGCCGCUUACUCCUCCUCUCUCCAACCCCCGGCAGCUCCCAGGCCGUAUGAAGACCCCUCCGCCCGCCGCCGUCCCCCCGAUUUCCGCCGAAACUCCCUGGAGAACCGCGACCCCCCUCUGGGGGGGUUGUGAUGAUGUGUUUUCUGGGAGC